GUAUUGGCGCGUGCUCGCGAUUUUUGAAAGCUUUAAUACCCACGCUACAGAUAAUUAUCAUAGAUAACCACAUUAAAAUUUAUGACAUAAUACUAUAUGCACACGUUACCAGAUACCGUCGUAAAAAAUAUUAAUUUUUCGUAAUAAACAUUAUUUGAACACGGGCAAUUGGUAAACAGAUUGGGUUUUGUUUACCUACAAGCCGAAAUUGAUUUGCUGCAAUCAAAAAAAAAAAAAACAUUUAUUAUUAACUGAUAAGGCGAUAGGGAUUAUUAUUGGGUAGAGUCUACGCCGUCGCCAAUCUCCGUAUAGCCCGUAGACCGAAGUCCGCCAAACAAAAAUCAUUAAGACGAACGCCGCCGUCAGCGGUACACUGUUGGUACUGGACGACGGCUUUUGAAUGUGUCCCGUUCAAACGUAACGGUACGUAUCCAUAAGGCGCCGGACAUUCGAAUCGCGAAUUAAUCGCUACUGUACCAUGUCGGAUCAUUCGUCACUAGUCGCAACGUUCAAAGAAAAACUGCGACCCAAAUACUAUGGCAAGUCCAGCGGAGCGAACAGCCGUUACAUCAAAGAGAACAUCUAUUUCAAUGGUAUAGCCCUCAAGGAGUCACUGCUGUACGACAACGAGUAUCAGGAAACACAGGCCCACAGACGCAUGCUAAUCGGCCACAACAACAAGACCGCCGCUUACCCGAACAACAACAAGUGUCUAGAGUUGGAAAAAGGUUGUUUCAUAUAUCAGAAUCCCACAAGCCAUUACGACGACAACGAUUUCGUACACAAGUUCACUGACAUGUCUGUGGUUAAUGAGCUCGAGGUUGUCAACAGCAAUUACACACAUUCCUUAGACACAAAAACGUAUAACCCGAAAAAAAAUGACCGUGAAGAAAUUCGUAAACGCUUAGUAGAAGGCUAUCAAAACACAAGAAAGUCGACAAAAAAAUCAAGUUUAGAAUCUAGAUUACAAAACGGGUCUAAUCUACAGCUAUGCUUUAUGAACGAACAAUCUUCAGAUACUGAAUUACCAAUUAAUAACUGUGACAUCUCAGCUGAAGAUGAGAAGAUAAAAUCUGCUGCUGAACUCAAACAAGGUCUGCAUUUGGCAAAAAAUCGAGCACGUGCACAUAUGAUUUCAGAUCAGCGCAAUUGUGUAAUUUCAGCUGUAAUUAAAGAAAGUCUUUCAAAAGUUGGAGUGAAGUUAGAUAAUGAUAGAAGACGUGUUAGUAGACAUUUCUUAAUGCGUUUGAACUUGGCACAACUACAAGUUAUUGUUAAUGAUCUGCAUUCUUACAUCGAAUACUUAAACGAAAGCCUCGUGAAUUUGUUACUAGAAAGAGAUGAAUUACAUAUGGCGAAGGAUUCAAUGUUGGUUGACAUCGAAGAUUUAAAACACGUUACUCGCAUGUCAUAUUAGUGCAAAAAAUUACUUCCACAUAUUUUUUGAAAUAAUUUGUAUUUUAAAAGUGUGUGUAACUCUAAAACAUUAGAACUGUAGUGUCGGAUAUUCAUAAAUAUCAUUAAUGAUAUUUUCAUUCCUUCAAGUAUUAUAUAGUGAUAAUUUAUAAACAAGGUUGUACU